UUUUUUUUCCUUUCUUUGUGUGUGUGAUUUCUUAUUAGUAUUUUACUUUUACAAUAUUACUUAAUAAUAUAAUGGACUUGGAGAAAAAAUCCAUCUCUGUUUAUGAAACAAAAGAAGAGAUCAACGGCAAUGAUAAUGUUAGCUCCUCUUCUCCAUCACUCGAAAAAGCGAUUAUUCAUGAAAUCGAUCCUCUUGAAGAUUCACCUAUAGAAGAUGUAAGAGCAAGUAUAUCACCUACAGAUGAUCCUACUUUACCAACAGCAACAUUUAGAGCAUGGUUUUGGGGUAUUGUUUUUUCUGCUGCAAUUUCAUUUUCGAACCAGUUUUUCUGGUUUCGUGCAAAUCCUUUAACAAUUAAGGUCAUUGUUGUUCAAUUGCUUGCAUUUCCAGCUGGUCGAUUAUUUGCACGAUUUCUUCCUAAUCAUGAGUUCCGUCUUGGUCGUUUUUUAAGUUUUAACUUAAAUCCUGGUCCGUUUAAUGUUAAAGAACAUGUAUUAAUUACAGUUAUGGCAAAUGCAGCUGCUACCUCAUUUGAUGCUAUUGAUAUUAUUGUUGUGCAAAAAUUAUAUUAUAAUCAAGAUUGGGGCUUUGGUGGUGGUAUCUUGUUAGUGUUAACGACAAGUCUCUUAGGUUUUGGUUUUGCAGGUAUCUUACGUCGUUUCCUUGUUCGUCCAGCUGCUAUGGUAUGGCCUAUUAACUUGGUAAACGCUACUCUCUUCCAUACAUUACAUCGAGAAGUGCCCAAGGAAGUUAAAGAUGCUGAAGCUACUACACCUGGCUUAAGAAUGUCUCGUAAUAAAUUCUUUGUUAUCGCCUUUAUUGGCUCAUUCUGUUGGUAUUUCUUCCCUGGCUACAUUAUCCCUAUUUUAACUUCUAUCUCUUGGAUCUGUUGGAUUAAACCUGAUAGUGUCCUCGUCUCUCAGAUUGGUAGUGGUAUCAAUGGUCUUGGUAUUGGUAGCUUUACUCUUGAUUGGAGUCAGCUUACUGCAUGGUACGCAAGCCCCCUUGCUAUCCCUUGGGCCGUUCAAGCAAACAUGUUUGCUGGAUUCGUGUUCUUUAUUUGGAUCUUAAUUCCUAUUAUUUAUUAUACAAAUACUUGGGAGAGCAAAAAGUUCCCCUUAUAUAAUACGCAUCAAUAUGAUAUCUGGGGUAAUCCUUUUAACCGUACUCGUGUUAUCACUCCUGAUAAUUAUCUUGACGACCAAGCUUACGCUGAUUAUUCUCCUGUCCGCAUCACUGGUUUCUUUGCUGUCUGUUAUGGCCAAGGUUUAGCAGCUUUAGGUGCCAUGAUUACUCAUACAAUUCUCUAUAACGGUAAAGAUAUUUGGAAUCGUUUAAAGAGUGCUCGUCAAGACGAUGAUGACAUUCAUGCGAAGUUAAUGGAUCGUUAUAAGGAAGUCCCUAACUUUUGGUAUUUGAUCUUGUUUAUUUGUUCACUUGGUGCUAGCUUUGCUACCAUCGCUGUCUGGCCUUCUGAUAUGCCUUGGUGGGCCUUGAUUAUUGCUAUUGCACUUGCAUUUGCCUGGCUCUUACCUCUUGGUAUCAUUACUGCUAUUACAUCACAAUCACCCACGAUCUCUAUGAUUACUGAAUGGGUCUAUGGUGCCCUUCGUCCAGGACAUCCUAUUGGCAAUAUGAUUUUCAAGACAUACGGAUAUAUUACUGUUCGCCAAGCAUUACUCUUUGCACAAGAUUUAAAACUUGGUCAUUACAUGAAGAUCCCCCCUCGCAAGAUGUUUAUAUUCCAGAUUGUGGGCACCAUCAUUGCUUCAUUUAUCUCUUUAGGUACAACUAAUUAUUUAUUAAACUCUAUUCCAGACAUUUGUACGAAGGCUGCUUACCCUUGGACUUGUCCUAAUGCAAGUUUAUUUGGUGCAUCCUCUGUCAUCUGGGGUUUAAUUGGUCCUGGUAAAUUCUUUGCCCCUGGAUCACUUUAUGCAGGUAUUCCUUAUUUCUUGCUUGGCGGAUUUCUUCUUCCAAUCCCAUUUUAUCUGUUGGCUAAAAAGUUCCCAAAGACAUGGCUUGCAAACGUGAACAUUCCUGCAUUCAUGCUCGGACCCACUCCUUAUCCUCCUGCUCCUACUAACGUUGCCCCCUGUUGGAUCUUUAUAGGCUUUAUCUUUAAUUAUGUCGUUAAACGAAGAGCGAAUGCUUGGUGGAAAAAGUACAACUAUGUUCUCUCCGCUGCUCUUGAUUCAGGUGUCGCUAUCUGUGCCAUUAUUCUCUUUUUCGCAUUUCAAAAUUCAGAAAUUAAGUUCCCUAAAUGGUGGGGUAAUAAUUCGGGAUCUGUAGAUCAAUGUCCAAUGGCUAAUGCUAACUGGGCUGGUGUUGAUGUGUAUGCUUAAAUGUCAUAUGCAUUUAUAUGUAUAUAUUUAUAUUUAU